UUUCACUCUCUAUGACUCUAUCUCGCUUAUCACCCUCACAAUUUCUCUCUCUAACGUUUCUAAAACAUCCUCUCUCUCUCUCUCUCAUAACAUGGCUGAAACAUCUGAUGUAUCGCCAUUGAAGCGUUACAGAGAACAAGAAACCCUAGUCGAGGAAGAAACGAACAAACGACAAAAGCCAACUUCGUCAUCAUCCUCUGCCUCUUACAACCAAAUUCUCUGUCUUCUCAACGAUUCAGACGAACAAAACCAACACAACAAUGACCUAACUUCCUUCAUAAACGCUCUUCAGCAAGAAAUAUCAUCGGAUGACCAAUACGCCGUCGUUUCAGAAACCUCCAACGUCGAAGACUCGUUUUCUUCAUGUGUUUCCUCAAAGGAAGAAGAAGUGGAAGAUGACAGCAAGGAGAAAGUGAUGCAGCAUCUUUUGGAAGCUUCCGAUGACGAACUUGGGAUCCCUAACACAGAUUUUGGCGAGAGUAAUUAUGAAAAGGCUAAUGACGGUUACGUUUAUGGAGAUAGUUUGUUAGAUGGGUUUGGUGAUGCGUUUUGGGAGCUUGAAGACGAAGCUGCUAAUUAUUACACGUUGCUGCAGUCUGAGCUGUUCAUGUAGAAAUUAUCCUAAUGGUUGGGAAAUAACUUCUUUUAAAACGUAAAUCUGGAAGAAUAGGCCAAUAACAAAACAAAACAUAAAAGAUUGUGUCUUUUUUUUUUAGUAUGGAAGUUCAUUUCAUUUUUUUAAGGCACAUUUCUUUUGUUUUUGUGGAGCUUACAAAAGAUCAUUUUAAUUGAUUGAGUAAUUUGUAGCAAGGCACUGAUAUUAUUUUUAAUCUACUCUACGUUUUUGCCUCUUCCGGUUAUUGAUGCGUAUAAUAAUAAUAAAAACAAUCAUGGGUUUUCGUUAUCAAAAUAUACAUCUUGUGAAUAAGAAAAAGUGAUGUAUUCGUGAAAGUAAUGUAUAUUAACGUAACUUAAGCAAGGAAUAAAGUUGAUUGAGUCAGAAUCGUUUCUUGUGAAAAUUAAACAAAGCGAAAUAAAGAGGUUUCACGCUCGCUGCCCACGCCCAGUGCCCACACUCCAACGUUUAUGUUUGCCUUACGAUUACGUAUACGUUUUACAU